AUGUCUUCCGAUACACAUUCAUCCCACGCGGACGAAUCGCCGUCGCCGCUCUACGAAAAGCGAUCGAUCCCGGGAAAGGGAAACGGCCUUGUCGCGUGCGCCGAUAUACCAGAGGGAACCCGCAUUCUGUGUGAGAAGCCGUUGUUCACUCUAGUCUCCGCAGCGAACAUGGUCGAUAAUGCUGUAUUGGCGAAAGUGAGAUCUCUCGCCAAGGACCAACAACGCCAGUACCUCGGUCUUCACAACAACUAUCCCAAUAACAACAUCUUCUCCGGUAUCUUCAAGACCAAUGCUUUACCAUGUGGACCAGGCUCGCCGAUCGGUGGUGUGUAUCCAACUAUCUGCCUGAUCAAUCACUCUUGCGACUCCAACUCCCAUCAUAGCUGGAACGACACGACAAGCAGCGAGACCAUACACGCCCUUCGAGACAUCAAAGCGGGAGAAGAGAUCACAAUCUGCUAUAAAGAUCCUGAGACUUACCAGGCGCGACGCGCUGAGCUCAGAGGCUCGUUCGGGUUUGAUUGCGACUGCAGUCUUUGCUCGCUUCCACUUGAGGAAAGACAGAAGAGUGAUGCUCGCCGCACCCGCAUCGCGCAACUCGAUGCAGACAUCGGUGACCCGAGCCGCGUCAUGAACAGCCCAGACUGCCGAGAAAUGGUACGUGUCCUGAACGAGGAGUUCAAGUGCGUCACCUCUUUACAUGCAAGAUUGUAUUACGAUGCGUUCCAGGUCGCCAUUACACAUGGCGAUCAAGCUCGUGCUAGCGUCUUUGCGGGCAGAGGAUACGACGCCCGGCUCUUAUGCGAGGGGGACGAUAACCCGGAGACACGCAAGAUGAAGGACUUCCAGAAAAACCCGAAUACACACCGCAACUUUGGAGCAUCGAAGCGAUGGAGGACUAACAAGACUGCGGUUCCCAAAGGUCGGGACGAGGCGGAGUUCGAGGAUUGGCUCUGGCGGUCGUGA